UCUCCCGGUCUAUUUGCUGCAUGAGAUGUUAACCAUUGUCAAUCCUCUCUUCAGUUCUUUUUUCUCCAUACUGUAAAUACACUACACGUUCUUCUUUUCGCUUUUGAAUUUCCUCUCCUUUACAUUUCAGUGUUGUCUUCUACAGUUACACACAAUCAAAUUUUUGCCUUUUCAGUGUUUUUAUGAAACCAACUCUCCCUCUUCCAGUUCACCCGUAGCCGUCGAACCAAUCAUCACACUAAAAAUCUGCCAUUGAGGCCACACUUGUGUUGUUUGAUUUUCCUAUUUGGAGUAAAUAAGCUAUAGAAACAUGGCUUCUACAUUGUUUAGAACCAUUCAAACUCAUUCUUUUAUGCUCUACCCAACCACAUUACUUAGAAGAAGCAAUGGUGUUUUUUAUUGUACAAUGAAGAGCACACAUAGCCAGACAGCUACACAAGAGAAGCAGCAAAUCAGAGUUACACCACAAAACCAACAGAACAAAGCUAAAACACUUGAUAAAAUAGCUAAAGAUUAUGAGGCAAUUAUUGGUAUAGAAACUCAUGUCCAGCUCUCCACACUCACCAAGGCCUUUUGUGGCUGCCCUUACAACUACGGCUCUCAACCGAAUACUAGUAUCUGUCCAAUUUGUAUGGGUUUGCCCGGGGCCUUGCCAGUUCUAAACUCCAAAGUGAUUGAGUCGGCGGUGAAACUAGGCCUUGCUUUGAAUUGCAAGCUUUCUUUAAACUCAAAGUUUGAUAGGAAACAGUACUUUUAUCCAGAUCUUCCAAAGGGUUACCAAAUAUCACAGUUUGAUAUCCCAAUUGCAACUGGUGGUUACUUGGAUGUGGAUCUUCCUAUUGAGUUUGGUGGUGGCCAUAGGAGGUUUGGCAUUACUAGAGUUCAUAUGGAAGAGGAUGCAGGCAAACUACUUCAUUCAGAAGAUGGGGAUUACUCACAGGUUGAUUUGAAUAGAGCAGGGGUGCCCUUGCUUGAGAUUGUUUCUGAACCCGAUAUGCGAACUGGAGUUGAAGCGGCGGAAUAUGCAGCAGAAUUGCAGAGGUUGGUUAGGUAUUUGGGAGUUAGCAAUGGGAAUAUGCAAGAAGGUUCACUACGUUGUGAUGUGAAUGUCUCAAUUCGACCAGUUGGACAAUUAGAAUUUGGGACAAAGGUUGAGAUAAAGAAUUUGAACUCAUUUUCAUCAAUUAAUAGGGCCAUUGAUUUUGAGAUAGCACGGCAGGCACUUCUCUAUAGUCAAGGCCAAGGUGAUCAAAUUGUUCAGGAAACUCGUCUUUGGGAAGAAGGUGCACAGAAAACAAUUACAAUGAGGAAAAAGGAAGGACUUUCUGAUUACCGAUACUUUCCAGAGCCCGACCUUCCAGAAGUUAUUCUCUCUGCAGAAUAUAUUAAUAGCAUUAGUAGCUCUUUGCCAGAACUUCCAGAAAUGAAGCGCCAGAGGUAUGAGAAGAUGGGCCUAAGCAUGCAGGAUGUCCUUUUCCUUGCAAAUGACAUGAAUGUUGCCCAAUUUUUUGAUGCGACUAUUGCAAAGGGUGCUGAUGUGAAACUGGCAGCGAAUUGGAUUAUGGGUGAUAUUGCAGCCUAUAUGAAAAAUGAAAAAUUGUCUAUAAAUGAGAUCAAACUUUCUUCAGAAGAGCUAGCUGAGCUCAUUGCUUCAAUAAAGAGUUCGACUAUUAGUGGGAAGAUUGGAAAAGAGAUUCUCUUUGAGCUAAUGGCCAAAGGUGGAACUGUCAAGAGAAUUAUAGAAGAGAGGGAUUUGGUUCAGAUAGUAGACCCUUCUGAAAUUGAAAAAAUGGUGAACAAAGUGCUCUCAGAGAAUCCAAAGCAGCUGGAGCAAUAUCGAGGGGGCAAAACAAAGCUACAAGGAUUUUUUGCUGGUCAGGUAAUGAAAAUAUCAAAAGGCAAGGCAAAUCCAGGGCUUCUGAACAAGAUCCUUAUAGAGAAAUUAAAUGCCAAAAGCUGAAAAGUUGGUAGGCAGGUCUUUUUUUAUUACGUGCCAGCUUCCAGUAAUGUCCAUCGUGGUGUCGGAUCUUUCAUUGAGUCUACAAGAUGCUAGAUUAAUAUUUACCUACCAAUGGAAGCCGAUGCUGCCUAUAUGACAGGAUGCAGCAGGCAUUGGCAGUCUCAGGAGUUUUGCAUUACAGUGUCUACUGACAAAAACAGAUGUUUAAGCCCGAAUUGGUAGUUCAAGCUCCCAACUCUGAUUGUUUAUAAUACUUGACAGUAUUUUGUAGGCUUAAUUUAAUCGUAUCAUGCAUAAUAUGAAAAAAAAAAAAAAAA